UGUGUGUUCGUGUCCUCUGCUCAUGUGUUGUUCUUCUCUGUCUGAAGCGUGUGCGCUGGAGUUUUGAUGACGCGCAGCUAGUGAAGGACAGGAACUCGAUGCUGCACCUGACCAGCAUCGGCUCUGAUGAUGAUGAAGACACAGAGGGUCUGAGCGCCGCUGAUAAGAGCGCAGAGCACCGGCGCGUGCACAUGACCUGGACCAAAGACAAGGCCCUGCAGCUGCGCAGCAACACUCACACACACACCCAAUCCUGCUGCAGCACGCCCGAGGGAUUCAGGGACAUGCUGAACAUACGGCCAGAUCAUUCCAACGUGCGACGGAUGCACACGGCAGUCAAGCUCAAUGAAGUGAUCGUCAAUAAAUCCCAUGAUGCUCGGCUGGUGCUCCUCAACAUGCCCGGACCACCCAAAAACCCGGACGGAGACGAGAACUAUAUGGAGUUCCUGGAGGUGUUGACUGAAGGUCUGGAGCGAGUGCUGCUGGUCAGAGGAGGAGGAAGUGAGGUCAUCACCAUCUACUCGUGAUGUCACCGAGUGUGGUCCGAGGAGGAGGAAGUGAGGUGUGAGGUCAUCAUGAUGUCACAGGGUCUAUAAGGGAAUCGUGGCCAAUUCAACAUGUUCAGUUUAUGAUCAUCGACUGCACUGCAAUCCUUUAGUUUAGUUUACGCCGCACACACACACACACACACACACACACACACCAGAUGCAGUGUUUCAUUCAGAGCGUGUGUGUUUGUGUCAUCAUUGUAAAUGUGCAUGAGGAGAGACACACACACACACACACACACACACAGACACAUGCAUACGGGACACAGAAUGACUCAGGGCUACAGAGACUUGAUCAGCAGACACUUCAGAUGUGUGUGUGUGUCUCAGUGAGUGUGCGAGUUUGUCUGUGUGUUUGUGUGUGUCUUAUUGAGUGUGUGUUUCUGUGCUUCUUUCAGUGUGUGUGUAUGUAUGUGUGUGCAUUUAUCUGGAUGUGUGUGUAUGAGGAUAUGUGUGCGAGUUUGUUUUUUUGAGUGUGUGUUGCGUGUACAAUUGUGUGAAAGACUUUGUGUGCGCGCAUUUAUCUGCAUGUGUGUGUGUUGUGUUUGAGUGAGUGUGUGUGUAUGUGUGCAAUAGAGAAAGAUUGUGUGUGAGAGUGUGUGUAUGAGUGUGUGUGAAAGA